ACCUCCAUCAUCUCCUCGCCCCCAUCACGUCGCUGCAUCACAUAGGAAUGAAGCUGGCCUCUCACUGAGGCAGCUUUCCGCAGACAUGUCUCAUUUUGUAUCGUCCAAGGGAAACGAAGGCUUCGAGGCCCUCGCUCAGCAGCUCCUACGCAGAGAGCCAGUCGAUGAGGGCAAAGAUGAGGCAGAGGAGGCACUCUCUUACGAUACGACGUCUCAACGAGCCUCAGUCUACUCGAAUGCUAGCGCUGCAGGACCAUCAUCGCCACCAUCGGCAGCCCUCAAGAGACCCACGACACCGGCCCACCUCGAAGGAGGAGCAGCGGGAGUAGCAGCCUCAUCCUCCUCUUCCACUCGAGGCAGUCCCAGCAUACGCAGCCCCUCUUACUCACGAAAGAACAGUCCUGAGCGGUCAGAUCGCCCCAAAUCACCUCACCCGCUCAGGAAGAGCAUUCAUGAGGCAGUCUCGUCGAAUUUCGCCGGCCAAGGCGCGACUGCUGCCACUGCCCGCUACCCUGAUAGCGACGAUGUUCGUUCACGGCCGCAAUCAAUGGUGGGAGUGGAGAAUGGUGGGAGUAGAGCCGGGAAAAGCGGGCGGAAUGUUUCAUUCUCCCAAGAGCAGCCCUCGGAGGAUGGCGCCCUGAGCUACCAGCAGCACGAACCAGUCUUCGAUGAGCUCCUUGGCCCUGACGCGCCGCUACUUGAGAGGACAGGAAGACGCAACACGGGCAUGCUCGCCCAAAGCGAUGCGCCACGCAAGCUCGGAACAUGGGACGGCGUCUUUGUGCCCGUCACACUCAACAUCCUCAGCAUCAUGAUGUUCCUGCGCUUCGGCUUCGUGCUCGGUCAGGCGGGGCUCAUCGGCUCCAUCGCCCUCUUGAUCGUAUGCUUCGCCAUCGACGCCUUGACGUCCAUGUCGAUCUCAGCCAUAUCUACCAAUGGCGUUGUGAGGGCGGGGGGCAUCUUCUACUUGGCGUCACGCAGCUUGGGGCCAGAAUUUGGAGGCGCUACUGGUCUCCUAUUCUGGUUGGGACAAUCGCUCAACGCUAGUCUCAACGCCCUCGGAUUCGUUGAGACGCUCACGGAUGCCUUUGGAGAGUCGAGGGAGGAAGGCGGCGUCAUCGGCAUCCCUGAGGGGCCGUGGUGGAGUCUCUUCUACGGGUCUUUCGUGCUGCUUCUCUCAACGGUCGUCUGCCUGGUCGGGUCCCGCCUUUUCGUAAAGGCAACAAUGGUCCUGGCCGUCAUUCUUGGCAUCUCGAUCCUGUCCAUCCCAGUCUCAUCGGUACUCCUCUCGCCUUACAGUGACGAGGAGCGAGGCAUUUUCUACACAGGAUGGUCACUCGAAACGCUGCAGAGUAACCUCUGGCCUCACUUCACCCGUGGUGCUGCGGGUUCAUCGUCCGCAAACAUGACGGAGUCGUGGGCGAGCGUAUUUGGUGUCCUCUUCCCGGCCGUCACAGGUAUUCUGGCUGGCGCGAGCAUGAGCGGGGAUCUACGCAAGCCGAGCAAAAGCAUUCCCAAGGGAACACAUUGGUCGCUACUUUGCACGUUCACCAUCUACUUCGUCGUACUCGUCGUCCUGGCUGGCACUACGGCGAGGACUAGCUUCUACCUCGACAUAGGCGUCAUGGGCGACAUCUCAGUCAUGCCCAUCGUCAUCACGCUGGGCGCUCUCGCAACGACGUCCUUCUCAGCCCUCAUGGGUAUCCAGGCAUGCGGCAAGGUUUUGCAAGCCAUCGCCAGGGAUCACCUACUCCCCGUCCUCGACAUCUUCGCGCAGGGUACCGAGCAAAGCGACACCCCAACGUUUGGCAUCGUGGCGACAUACCUGAUCUGUCAGGUCACCCUCGUUGUCGAUUCGGUGAACGUCAUCGCCCAGCUGGUCACUCUUAUCACCCUGCUAUGCUUUGCAGUGCUCAGCUUUGCCUGUCUCGCCUUGAAAGCCGGCGGCGCUCCGAGCUUCAGGCCCUCUUUCCCCUACUUCAACAUCUAUACUGCCGCAGCAGGCGCCGCUGCCAGUCUCGUUGCCAUGUUCUUCACCAACGGCAUGGCGGCAUCGGGCUGCAUCCUGCUCUCUGUGCUCCUGUUCAUUGCCAUUCACAUCUUUUCGCCGCCCAAGCCAUGGGGAGAUGUGACGCGCAACAUCGACUACUGGCUCACGCGCAAGCACCUGCUUCGCCUGGAUGAGCGCAAGACUAAUCUCAAGCAUUGGCGCCCGCAGAUUCUCUUCUUGGCCAACAAUCCUCGUUCGGAAUGGAACCUCCUGAUGUUUUGCAACUCGCUGAAAAAGGGAGGGCUGUAUGUUCUCGGUCACUGCAUCAAGGGCGAGUUCAGCGAAUGUCUGCUUGAGCUGCGCAAGCAGCAGAUUGCAUGGCUCAAGUUGGUUGACCUUAGCGGCAUCAAGGCGUUCGUGGACGUCGUCAUCGCGCCCGAUGAACGACAAGGGGCUCGCAGCCUCAUCCUCUCGGCGGGUCUCGGCGGCAUGCGCCCAAACAUCGUCGUCUUGGGCUUCCCACGAGACUUGCGCGCCCACAUAUCUCACAACAUGUCCAAAGGUGGCGGUGGCAGUGCAGGCAGUGACGUCACUAUCCGUGGCCCUCAUGCUGUAUCGGAGGGCAAGACAGGGGCGAGCAUAGAGCACCUUCCCACAGACGCUACUCGUCGCGAAUCUCCGAUCAUGGGGGACUCAUACGUCGGCAUCAUCGAGGACGCCCUGGCGCUGAACAAAGCCGUGGCCGUUGCGUACGGCUUUGACAUGAUGCGGCUACCUGGGCCAUCCGAGAAGCAUCGCUACGAGAGGAGCACCGAAAAACAAUACAUCGACCUCUGGCCGAUCCAGAUCGCAUCCUCGGACUCGCAGACGGAGCAUGCAUGGGACACGUACACCAUGGUCCUGCAGCUGGGCACCAUUCUCAGUUUGACCGGCACCUGGAAGUCUCACAAGCUCCGAGUGUCCGUAUUUGUCGAGGAGGCUAGCGAGGUAGACGAGGAACGUCGCCGUGUUCGCUCUCUCCUGGACAAUCUUCGCAUUCCAGCUUCAUUGCGCGUCUUCUGCCUAUCAGACAAGACCGUCUCCUCUUAUGAGGCCAUCGUGCUAGGUGUGGUUGCUCCACCUCCUCACGUGGAGGAAGCCCUCCGCAGCGACCCUUGGUGGAACUCGCUCAAAAAGCUGCGCAAAGAGGAGAGAGCAAGAGCUCAGCAGGCCGCAGCGGCGAAGCGAGCUUCGGAGAAGGCGACGGAUAUCCCUGGUCAGCCGUCCGCGGGGACCAGUGGAGCGCCGCGUAGCAAGCGUGAGCAAAAGUUGCUCGGGUACAGCCUGCCGCCAGAGCAUCUCGAAUUCUUCCAGCGCAACAUUCGCAUCGGGCUGUCCCAUCCCCGCGCUAAGCCCAGAGUGGACGACUCGGACGUUGAGGACGAUGAUGACUCUGGCUCGGAUGGAGAUAGCGAUGGGUCAGGGCUAAGUGACGAGCUGCUCAGACUUGGCGAGGACGGCCUCUUUGGUGGUCCUGCUGGCCAUCUGACGAGGUCAAACAGCGCCUCGACGCAUGCGAUUUCCCGUCCCCGAGGCUUCCGCUCAGGCAGAGGACGCUCCUACUCGCAUGGAGUCGGAGGCUUGCCAGACGAGCCUACGCUGCGACAACAGCGCCGAUAUGGAAACAGCAGCGAGAAUGGUGGAACAACAACGCCUGGACCUGGCUCGUACGGGUCCAUGGCUUCUACGCCCGUCGUCAGGCCGGAUGGGACGGUGGCGAACCCUGGCGGCCUCAGAUUUGGCAAGUCAGGUGGUCGAAGCAGCGCACGCCGGGGACUUGAGGAAGGAGACGACGGGCAGGGCGAUAGCACGCUCAAGGCGUCAGAUCGCUCAAAGAUGCAGCGUCACCUCUCUAGCCGCUCCUCUCCUCCCCCGAGCCGCUCAGCAAGCAGGGCGAGCAGCAGGAGUAGCCAAACCCGCUCCCCACUUUCGUCUUCCAUUGUGGCCGAGGACCCCUUCGACAGCGCCUCGUCUUCGAAAUCGGGUACCACCUCUCUCAGCAACUCGACCACACUUCCCUCUCUCAGCUUCAACACGCUCCCGAAUAAGGCUCAAUUCCUUAUCCUCAACCAACUCUUCCGCGCCCACUCCUCCUCAUCGGCGACCAGCGUCAUCCUGACUAGUCUGCCUGCCCCCGAGCCGGGAACGGCAAAGGACCCGGAGGCGGUGCAGCGGUACUUGGCGCAGCUGGAGGUACUUUGUGCGGGCUCGACUCCCGUGCUAGGUAUUCAUGCGAGGGAGCUGACAUUGAGUACGAGUUUGUGAGAGUGGCUGAUCAUCAGUCGCAUAUACAUCGGGUUGUCUUCGUCUAGGCGUCUUUGCUACACACAUGCCCCUACCAUCUCCACUUCAUUUACUUCCUCUUCUCUCUCUUAGACGCUCCGUGUCAUCCAGCCCUCUACUUCACUGUCGUUAUAAUCUCUUUCCUCUCGCGAUCUUUACGGUAAGGUACAGGCAGGCAAGCAGCAAUGCAGCAAAGCCAAAGGUAUAUAUAGGAUCCCGAAUGUGCGCAAGUCUCCAUGCGUGAUGAACAAAGAAAAGCAAAACAAAGCAAAAGUCCCCCUCUCGCCCGACAUCGCCGACAGGCGGCGGGCGUUCUCCCAGUCCACUUCCCGGGUCUUGGCCUCGCCCCCCCUGUCACCGCUCAG